CAUUCGGUUAUGCUACUCAUUGUUUAGAUAUCUUUUAAAUUUUUGAUUAAGAUUUUGUGUGUUUUUGAUUUGGCUUUCUUUCAAGUGAUACACGAAGCUAAUGUAGCAAAUGGGGUCUUUUCAGAAUAAGGCCACCUUAUCUUUGACGAUAUCAAUGGGUGGACUGGCGACUGGCUUUACAGGUGGAAUUUUGGUACCAGCUACUUACUUUUCCAACAUCAUCUAUGAAAUGCCCAAUGGCUACCAGGAAGGAACUCGUGUAUCUGUGAUUUCCACACUGUACGGGUCAAUAGGCGGAGCCAUUUUCACUGGAAUAUUAAUGAAUUUCUUGGGAAGAAAGCUUAUGUUAAAUGGUCUGGUGAUGCCCUACGUUAUUGGGUGGCUCUCUAUUUUAGCUUUCGAAAUUCCACAAAUGAUAUAUUUCGGCAGAGCGCUUAUUGGCUUAAGUAUGGGCGGGUUUUCAGUCAUAUCGCCGAUUUACUUGUCUGAAAUGGCAGAAGUGUGGUGCAGAGGUUCAAUGGUUUUCGUAUUUACUCUUUUGGUCAGAGUUGGGUUUUUCUUUGGAUUUAUUUUAACGAUGUGGCAAGGGAGUACACGCAUGGAGUUGAUGAGCGUUCUAUUAUUCAUUUCUACGACGAUUCUUUUUCUUCCGGGCUUUUUCAUACCUGAAUCGCCCAUGGUUUUGAUACUCCAAAAAAAGGAAAGUGAAGCUAUUGAAGUUUUAAAAUCUAUUCGCAAUUCGGAUUAUGAUAUAGACCGCGAAUUGGACGAUAUAAAAUUGCAAGUGGAAGGAUUGAAGCAUGGAUCUCUGUACUUCGCGUCAUCGCUGAAGAGGCGAGGAACAAAACGAGCCCUUCUCACCAUGAUUAUUCUAUGUUUUGUGCAGCAGUCGACCUUCAUAUCGGCAUACAUGUUCUGGGCAUCUGAAUCGGGAAUGAUAAUCGCUCUUGAACAUAACUUCUUCUGGUUUGCCGUAAUGGUACAAAUUCUGGUUCAAAUGAUCGGAGUCUUUUCAAGUCUUAUAACUAUUGAUUCAUCAGGACGACGUACGUUACUUUUGAUCUCAGCGGCCUUAGUGAUGAUCAGCACGAUGGGUUUAGCGAUUCGGAUAUUAUACUAUGAUGAUCAAUGGCUGCAGAAUAUCAAUCAAGUCGACAUAAUAUUUACGACUUCCGCAACCAUCAUGCACUCAGUGGGCCUUACCACAAUACCAUGGCUGUUAACCACGGAAAUGUAUACGCCAGACAUAAAAUGGCUUGGGGGUGUGAUCAGUGCCGUUUUUGCUUGGUCUCGACGUCUUGCUGUCAGUGAGUUUUUAUAUUUCUACGACAAAGAAAUGGUUUUUCGGGUAAAUGUAGUGUUAGCAAGUAUUUCUGCCGCGAUUGGUAUUUUGGUUGCGUUCUUUCUAGUUAUUGAAACUAGAAACCGUAAAAUGGGUGAAAUACAUGAGAUUUUAAAUGGUGGUAGAAUAGAGAAGUAGCAAACGAUUUGUACUACUGGCGAAAAUAAUAAAGUUUGUCGUAAAUAU